AUCAUGACCGAGAUGCGGGACAACGGCGUCGUCGCCUUCAUUGGACCGGACGCCUCCUGUCUGCCCGAAGCCCUCGUCGCUGCCGCCUGGAAUUUGCCCAUGAUUUCUUAUAAAUGCAGUGAAACUAAAGUGUCCGAUAAAAAGAUAUAUUCAACGUUCGCUAGAACUUUGACGCCGUCAAGCAAAGUGUCGAAGAGCGUGGUUGCACUUUUGAAAGCCUUCCAUUGGGACAGGUUCGUUUUGGUCACCGGUAGUACGCCUUCUUCGGGAAGUGAGGUCAAAGAAGCCAUUGAGGAGCUGGCUUUGAAAGAAGGAUUAAUUGUGAUCGAUACGAAGCAAUACUCGGAGUUUUACAUUCCAAGAUACAUUGAGGAAAUGUGCACUAUCGUCGGAAGUACUUAUCAAAUAACUAGAAUUUAUGUUUUCGUCGGAGAACACAUCGCAUUAAUCGACUUUAUAAAGUGCUUGCAGAGAAGAAACCUAUUGUACAGCGGGGAUUAUGUGGUUAUCUCCGUCGACGAUGAAAUUUACGACCCCAACCGCACCAUAAAAAUACUGAGCAGAGAUUAUUUGGACCCGUUCUUGAAUGAGUCUUGGGACAAAGUAAUGGGCUUUAGAUCGGUUCUAAAGCUUACUCCAUCUUAUCCAGGAAAUCCAAAGUAUAAAGAAUUCGUCGAGAAGAUUAAAGCUCUUUCUAUCAGGAAACCUUUUUGUGUUCCUUACCAUGCAACUAUAUUUGGAAGCAUUUCGGUAUCUAUUGGAGCAGCCAGAGUCUUUGAUGCCGUCGUAAUUCUGGCGAGAGCUCUUACGGAGAUUUUUCAAACGAACGGAGAUCCUAGGAACGGAAUUGCAGUUCUUAAGAGAAUCGUUAAUCGUUGGUAUCACUCUAUUCAGGGAUUUGAUGUUUUUAUGGAUGGUAAUGGAGACGCCGAAGGGAACUUUACUGUAGUAGUUCUUUUGGAUGAUGAAAAGGCUAACGGGACGCAGUGGAUGAGCAUGCAGCCAGUAGGAUACUUUCAGUAUAAAGCUAAUGGAAGCUCUUCAACAUUGCCGGAAUUCAAGUAUUUGAAUCCGGACCGACCCAUACAAUGGAUUGGAGGAAAAGUACCUGUCGCAGAGCCGGAAUGUGGAUUUUUCGAAGAGAAAUGCGUCAACACAGUCGAUUGGAAGAUCAUCGCAAGCAUCGUACUAAUAUCAAUAAUUGUCAUCGUUGCUAUUCUGUUUGGCGUAAAACAAUACAGAUACGAACAAAAACUGGCGUGUCUCUUAUGGAAAAUCGAUAUGAAAGAUGUAACCAUCAUUCCAACGGAUACGGCUGAAAUUACCAACAGAAACAAAAAUAUGAUAAGAGUUUGCAGGCAGAGUGUUUUUCAUGCUCCCACUAGCAGCAGCAUCGUCGAGAUAUCCGAACAAUCCCCCAAGAGGGCUUACACCACCAUCGGUCUGUACCGAGGAAAUAUUGUUGCCAUCAAAAGUUUAAAUAAAAAAUCAGUGGAUUUAACCAGAUCCAUACGGAAAGAAUUGAAACAGAUCAGAGAGAUGAGACAUGAAAAUCUCAUUCCUUUUAUUGGGGCCAGCGUUGAUCAUGGACAUGUGGCAAUUUUAACGGCAUAUAGUGCUAGAGGAAGUUUGGAAGAUGUCUUGAAGAACGAGGAUCUCAAUUUGGAUCAGAUGUUUGUUUCUUCUUUAGUCACCGAUAUUCUCAAGGGAUUAAUCUACAUACAUGACAGCGAGAUUAUUUCUCACGGAAACCUUAGGUCCAGCAAUUGCCUCAUCGACAAUCGUUGGGUUUUGCAAAUAUCCGACUUUGGUUUACAUGAAUUCAAACAGGGUAAUGAUUCUUCUGAAUACAGUGAGAAAAUAUUGCGCAGGUCUCUUUGGAAAGCACCAGAACUGUUAAGAGAUCCGAAUCAUUUACCAAGAGGCACUCAAAAAGGCGACGUCUACUCUUUCGGCAUAAUUUUAUACGAAAUCAUCGGUAGAAAUGGACCAUGGGGGAAGAUUAUUAUGUCUCCUAGUGAAAUUAUUGCUGAGGUUAAAAAAGUAGAUAAGAGCGUUCCAUUUAGACCUCCUUUAGAUGAUCUGGGAGUGUCUAGUUAUAUUAUUAGAUGUAUGAAAGCUUGCUGGGAAGAAGAUCCGGAAACUAGACCAGAUAUUAGAUAUGUCCGUGUGAUAUUAAAAGAAAUGCAGGCUGGUCUAAAACCGAAUAUUUUUGACAAUAUGUUGGCGAUAAUGGAGAAAUACGCUUAUAAUUUAGAAAGUUUGGUCCAAGAAAGGACCAAUCAACUUACUGAAGAGAAGAAGAAAACUGACGCACUUUUACAUAGAAUGUUGCCAAAAUACGUUGCUGAAUGCUUGAAACGAGGAGAUAAAGUUGAAGCAGAGAUUUUUGAUUGUGUAACAAUUUACUUCAGUGAUAUUGUUGGAUUUACCGAAUUGUCCGCAGUCAGUACGCCACUUCAAGUUAUUGAUUUGCUCAAUGAUUUAUAUACUUGUUUCGACUCAAUUAUAUCUCACUAUGAUGUUUACAAGGUCGAAACUAUUGGAGAUGCAUACAUGGUAGUUAGUGGUUUGCCUAUACGAAAUGGGGACAGACAUGCUGGAGAAAUUGCUUCCAUGGCAUUACAUUUGUUGAGUAAAAUUAAAAAGUUUGAAAUCAAACACAGAAAAGGGGAAGUUUUACAAUUAAGGAUCGGAAUUCAUUCCGGUCACUGUGUAGCCGGUGUGGUUGGUUUAAAAAUGCCAAGAUAUUGCCUUUUUGGAGAUACUGUUAACACUGCUUCCAGAAUGGAAAGUUCAGGCGAAGCAUUCAGAAUUCACAUAUCACAUGCCACUUACACGUUGCUCCAAAGACUUGGAGGCUACAUAUGCGAAGAAAGGGGGGUUAUUCCAAUAAAGGGCAAAGGUGAGAUGCAUACUUAUUGGUUGGUGGGAGAGGAUUCUGCCCAGAGAUUGGCGAGGAUACGUGAAGAAAUCGUUGGAUCAACACUGUUUAAUAGUAUAAGUUCAGAAAGACUGAGUAAAACACCUGAUCUUCUACGAAGGCCAGGGAUGAAUCUUCUGGGAUCAGAACUGCACUUUCCCAGCGCCUCUCAAUCUCCAUGUGCUAUCAAACAGCUCCAUCACAGGGCAAGAUUAGCCCUGUCUUUACACCAUAGUGAGGAGGCAAUACACUACGAGAAUAAUCUAUAUGCUCAGACAUACCUAACGAAUGUCGAAACUAAUAAUCGUAACCCCAGUUCAGCCCCUAUUAUAACAUUUGUACAAAAAUAACAAGUAUGAAUAUUUUAAGGGUACAAUACAGUAUUAUAAUAAAUGUUAAUAAAUAUACAUGUUCAGUGGAAUGGAGUUCAAAGUACAAUGGCUUAUGUACAAAUAAAAUACGAGAAAUAACAUAUUUUAAAAGUAUUUUACAUUAUAUAAUCUUUGGAGUUCAAUACGAAUUUUAUUCAAAUGUAAGUGCAAACUCCUUUUGGAUUUGUGCCCGUCCUUUGAUGUAUAUGUGUCAAUUAUAUUGAUCCGUAAUAAUAUUAUUCAAUUGUACUCAUGUUUAUAAUAUAUGUAAAUA